GGCCGCUAUUCAUUGGUCAAUGCAAUUUCCUACUCAUAUCUUACACUGCGAACUCUCCACGCGAAGUCAGGGGUUUCUCUUGACGGCCAAUUACAGAUAACACAAAGCGACGUGUGGGGGAUUGUCACCUUAACGUCGAAUGUAAGCGGUUAACUGAGACGCUUCUCUUCUGACUGACCACUUACACGCUGGCGAUGCACAAUCCCACAGCGCCCAACUGAAUCAGAGCUCCAUCAUAUCCGUCAGCGAGUCAAGGCCACCGUUCCAUAGAACAGAGAGAAAAACCGUUUGGAGCAAUUAGAUUGGUUUGUUCGGAAGAAAGCGAACAGGACACCUUUAAGCGAACCCCACCCACUCCACGCUAACUACUCAGCGUAGAUCUCCAUACAACAACUGCAUGAAGCGGGGUUAUCGUACGAACCCCAUCAGACGACAUGACAAACAGAAUCUUCCCAUGGCUCGAAAGUUCAGGGGACCCCGAAUGAUGAUAUGCCGAGGAUCCGUAUAGAGCUUCCUUAAUGGGCUCUGUUAGCGAUGACAUACGCGUAGUGAACCAGUCAGCAGGACAUGAUGCGGUGUCGUAAGAUUUGUGCAUAAAAGGCCAUGGAGAUGCUGCAAUAAAAGAACAUGAUGAACAUACUACCAAACAAGCUACUACUUUCAUCGUAUCAAAUCAUUUCACAAACAGCCAUGUUUGCUACUCUCCCUCUUCUUCUCUCUGCAGCGCUGGCCGCAGCACUGCCCACCGCUCCUGUGUCUAGCCCACGAAGCUUGGGACCUAGAGCUGAGACGUGGGAUACCUGGUGCGGUGCUGUCCAGCAGUACCCCGGCGGCAAAGUCCAAAGCGUUGAGGCAUCCUGGGUGGUCCCCAAUAUAUCUGUGCCCGCCGGCGGCAACUCUCAAAACGAUUAUUGGGUAUACCACUGGGUGGGCAUCGACGGCUCUUACGGGUGCCAGACUGGAAUUCUACAGGCCGGCACAAGCGUUGACAUCACUCAAGGUUAUAUUCGUACUCAAUUCUGGUGGGAAUUCUGGCCUGACUGGCCCGUCUUCAUCAAUGACAUUGAGUUGGCUCCCGGGCAUGAGGUUUACGUCAAGGUCACUGCAUCGGGUACUCGUUCAGGAACCAUCUACCUUGAGAACAAAACCACUGGAAAUCAGCGAUCUAUCCCGGUGAAUAUGAACGAUCCUAACGGGGCGUUAUGUUUCAGCACCGCUGCGUUCGUUGCCGAAGAUCCGCAUUCAAGCACACAGUGGUGGCCGCUCGCCAACUUUGCUGGUACUACUAUGGCUAACUGUGGCGGCACAACCUGGGACGGCAAGACAUUUGGUCUCAACAAUGCGAAUGUGGGCAACAUGGUUCAGUAUGGCCAGACUCGAUGCACUGCACAGCUUACCAGCGGCAAUUCGGUCUACAUUCAAGGCUAAUAGGAGUCUACCUUCCCUCUAUACGGGAAAGUUGAUAAGACAAGCUCUAGAGACUGUUCAAUUUGUACCUGCUAGACACUUUGAAUCGUUGAAUUGAUUAUUGAAGACUUUAAGCUGUUGCUCUGUCUAUGAUAUUGAAGAUAUUAUAUAUCUGAUCACUGUUUUUGCGAUGCAGAUGCUGCGAAUGUCAAACUAAUCUCAAACUAAAGGGAUUCGCUCAAUUUUGCCUCAUUGGCCUUGUAAAAUUAUAACUUUUGAAGAAGAGAAAGUGUAAAGCAGGUAGCCACAUUUCGUGGGUGGUAGAAUGUAGGAGAGAGGUAUCGGACAUGAACAAUAACGGAGGCGGGCAUCGUGACGGAAACAUGGAAAUAAGCGCAUAAAUUGAAGAUGGAUUUCGUGUAACUCAUUUCUGUUACCGUUUGGGUAAACGUGCUGGCAUCCGGUCUCCCCCGUAUCGAGAGGGUACAGAGACUUUGCCGGGUCGUCGGGAGCGACCAUUGGCCUGUGCCGACGAAGACUGCUUGCCUCCUUUUUUCUGAAAGAAUGCUGUGAAAGGGCGCAGGGGAAAUACCAUAAUCUGGGCCAUAACGUUGAAAGGGAAGAGGAUAAUGGCCAAAAUGGAAUCAAGAACCCGCAUAACCAGGCUGCUGCUGUUGGUGGCACUGUUUUUCACGGCGGCAGCAGCGAGGGCUAUAGCAUCGUCAAGCCUUGCCUCGGUGGCACCAAAGCGUGCAUCAGUCUGGUGCAGAAGAAGCGUGCUUCGCUUCUCGUAUCGGCGCAUUGCCCUAUUGAGUGCGUCGAGCUCUGGUUGGAUGGCAGCGCGAACAUCUUGUGCUAUGGUGGUCUCAGCUUGCUGCUUGCUUAUGCUGCUCUGCUUGUUAUCAAGGUGUUCAGAUCCACCAAGCGCUGCUCGGCCUUCUAAAACUUGAACGCGGCUAAUGAGCUCGGCAACUUGAGAGCCGCUGGUGCUAGCCAUGGCAUAGGGGUUCUCGUGCACAAUGCGUUGUAGAUAGAGCGUCCGGGCCUGGACAAGCUUAAUCAUAUGAGACAUGGCUCGAAGUUCGGCUACGAGCAAAAAGAUUGUCAGGUUAUAAUUUGAUACGAGCCCUUCGGAAGGUCGGCUGAGCUGUGAUCGGAUGGCGUGUAAAAGGUAGGCGCUAACAAGGGGCAGAGCAAAGCAGGAGAUGAGAGCUAGCGCUUCAUGCAUAUAGAGCUCGGUCAAUGCAGAUUGCUGCUGCGGCGUAAUAAUCUUGUCUUGGCCAGCACUAGCAGGCCUGUCUGCUGAGUUGCCUUCUUCUGGGACGUCUUCAAGCACAGUGCUAUUGGAUAGUUCGCCAUCUGCUGUUUCGUAUUCGCUUUCGGAGUCUACAGCAAUGUCGCUAUCGUCUUCUUGUUGAACUCGUACUUGUUGUGCGGCGUGAUACCAGAUCCUGAUCGUCAGUUAGCUUUAGUGCUACAGUUUAAUGAAUGAGCUGGGCAGAUAGUCGUACCAUGGCUGCGUUACAGACCAGUGCAGGAAGAUGCCGGCCAAGCCAAGCAGCAUUAUAUCCGUUACAACGGCAUGACCAUUGGUGAAUAGCACACCUGAGAGCGCAGGCAGCAGAGCAAACGCUAGAGAUAGGCCGGCGAGAGAUGAUGAUUCCGGAGAAGAUGUAUCAAUGGGCUCGCGGGAACGGCCAUGAGGAUUGAGGAGAUCGCGCGCCUCGUUGAAACUGUACUCGGAGAAGUUGGAGCUCCGUCGCGGUGGCUGCGGAGGCAGAUCAAACGUAGCAUCUGCGAAUCGUCCUGUUGGUGUACCAGUGCGAUGGCGCGAAGAAGAGACAUCGUCUACGGAAGUUCUGGAACGGCGUAAACCAUGGCCAGCCGGGCCGGCGCUGAAUCCUGAACUCGUUCCAUUGCCGUUGGCUGUUGCUGAGCCCUUGGAUUUGGCGGGAGCAUCCUGCGAGGUGUUGUCGUCCGACAUAAUCGACAGCCUGCCUUGUGAUCCGCCGGCUUUAUCGCAUUCGACUGGGGCAGAUUGCCAGGGUUAUGCACGAUGAUAGCGGAGAAGGGUGUUGAUGACGCCUGAGGCGGCGUGGCUGCUGGGUAGCCGGGCUGUUGGCGAAGAGGAAGAAGGGUGGUAAGUUGUAUAAGAAAAAAGAAUAAGAAAGAAAGAAAAGCACAGCGGCUCUUCCAAGGCUGACCUCCUCGCGAUAAAAAGAAGAGAAUAAUCUUGCAAAGGCCAAGUAGAAAACCGGUUGGAAGGAUUCCAAGUGGCGGAC